CGUGGUUUCCCAGACUAAGACCGCGCUUCGCGCUUCUGGUGGGCAGUGGGCACACGAACAUUGCAAACAGUGGGCUCUCUGAUAAUCACUCCUCUCGCCCCCUAUUCCUCUUCCAAGACCACCUUUUUAAAAACAACAUGCUUUUUUCCUACUUUCUUUUCCAAAACGCACACACUAAAUUUAGCAGCGUCGCUGAAAAGAACAGGAGUCGGAAUUCUCCCCCGCCCGCAAAGCGGAACCCUUCUUUCGCAGCUUGAGAUCCGGCGGGCCGUUGUUUGAGGAGGGACGACGGUGCUCUCUGCAGAGCAGAGAGAACAGCAGAUGCGGCUGCUCUUGCAGCAGCCCGAAGUCGUGGGAGCGGCUUCGGCGCCAGGGCAGGCGGCAUGGAUGACCAGGGCUGCCCCCGGUGCAAGACCACCAAGUACAGGAACCCCUCCCUCAGGCUGAUGGUCAACGUCUGCGGGCACACGCUCUGUGAAAGUUGCGUGGAGCUGCUGUUUGUCCGGGGGGCCGGGAACUGCCAGGAGUGCGACACCCCUUUGCGGAAAAGCAAUUUCAGAGUGCAGCUCUUUGAGGAUCCAGCUGUUGACAAGGAGGUGGAAAUCCGGAAGAAGGUGUUGAAAAUAUACAACAAACGAGAAGACGACUUUCACAGUCUGAAUGAAUAUAAUGACUUCCUGGAAGAAGUAGAAGAAAUUGUGUUCAACCUGACCAACAACGUUGAUGUAGAGAAUACGAGAAGGAAAAUGGAGAUGUACCAGAAGGAGAACAGAGAAGUCAUUCAGAAAAAUAAGAUUAAAUUGUCUCGAGAGCAAGAGGAGCUUGAAGAGGCGCUGGAAGUUGAGCGGCAGGAGAAUGAGCAGAGGCGGCUCUUCAUCCAGAAGGAGGAGCAAAUGCAGCAGCUCUUAAAAAGGAAGAACAAGCAGGAGCUUCUGGAUAAACUGGAAAGUUCUCAUUUGCCUGCCUCCUUGUUGUUAGCCCAGCAUAAAGACCGGUCGACACAACUGGAAAUGAAGCUGGAAUUGCCUAAACCAGUCAAACCAGUGGCAUUUUCGACUGGCAUCAAAAUGGGUCAGCAUAUAUCGUUAGCGCCUGUUUCAAAGAUUGAGGAGGUACUGUAUGAGUAUCAGCCAUUGUAUGUAGAGACCCAUGGACCGGUCGUUCCAGAUGCUGAGUUGCUAGGAAAACUUGGGAGAUCAGUUCCAAGAAACCGAAUCACCUCCUCUUCUUUCCACACCACUGCAUCCUACUUUGCAAAGCAGGUAUCUAAGCCACGUCCGAACCGCCUCCCCGCAGGAUCUCGCCGGUGGCUACACUUCCUCUCUGGCCUGUCAUCGGGCCCUUCAAGAUGCCUUUAGCGGGCUGUUCUGGCAUCCAGGCUAGCCUGGGAGAAACCAACCCCGGAGCGAGAAAAGGGAAAAAAACCUCAGGUGGAUAUUGCUGCCGUCUGCACUACGGCUUAGCUGCCGUCAUCUUUCUUCUUUUUUGGAUUUGGGGGGGAGAAAUGGUGAAGCCAGCUGUGCUUAAGUAUUAAAACUCUCUCUGCACAGAAACUUACUUUGAAAAAGUUAGGUCACUCUUGUUGUGGAGUGGUGGGAAUGCUUUAGUCACUUUGCUGAGUGGGGCUAGUGGAAGAUGUGAAUAAUAAUUCUGUUUUGUGUCUUUGAGGUUUCAGAAACACGGCUUGGAAAAAAGUUUUAAAAUAAAGCCAGAUUUUUUUAUGAUUAUUAAA